AACGUGUGGCUGCUCACACCCAGUGGAGGCGAGCAGGGAAGUGGAAGACUAACGGAAAAAAAUGAGUGCCUUUCCCUCUUCAAGCCUACAUGAUGUGCGUGCCUACAAGGAUGUCACAGCAAGAUGCGAACCUUCAAUCCUGCAAGUUGUGGUUUGCCCGUUUGCUUUCGCCCAGCCACGAAUAUAAUUCUCCCAGGAUUAAUGUUUAUUUUGAUUUUUUUAAUUGUGCAGUAUCAGAGUUUUAUCAUUUUUCUACCCUCUGUUGAACCAUAAUUCUUUUUCGGUGGGGGGGAAGAAGGCGGGCGGGGAGGUUUGGCUUUGUACAUUCGCUUCCAGUUUCAUCUCAACUGUUCAUCAAAUGUGCAGCUUGCCGUAUUUGUUUUCAUCCGACAACUUGGUGAAAGCGCCGGGUUUGUUGUGUGACAUGAGAGCGUCAGGGGUAGAGCAGAUGUGGAAAAGGUGGUGAGGAAAUGCAGAAAGCACAGAGCAGGUCAAUGAGAAUGCCGACUGUGAAGUAUCAGAAGGGGGACAAGGUGAUGGGCCGCUGGCCCGGCAGCAGCCUGUACUAUGAGGUCAAGGUGCUCAGCUUUGACACAACCAGUCAGCUCUACACUGUCAUCUACAAGGAUGGUACUGAGCUGGAGCUCAGGGAUCAAGACAUCAAGAAUGCUGCCGGUUUCCAGAUCCGCUCCCGCUCCCGCUCUCGAUCGCCCAGCCGCCGCCGCAGCCGGUCCCGCUCGCCAGCAAGGACAACGCGACGCUCGUCCUCUCGCACGGUGGCCGCCUCUGCAGCUGUCACGGACGGUGGGCUGUCCUCCAGUAGGGAUACAAGGCAGAAGGAUACAUUGGAAGUCCGACUGAGCCCCCUGGAUCAGACAAAGGCAGCUGAGAACGAUGGCAACAAUAAACAUGAAAAGAAAGAGGAGAAUAACUCGGCCAACAAAGUGAAUGAGAAUGCCGGGGCAAAGCCAGAGGCAGAGCCCGAGAAGAACCAGGCCCGUUACAAUCUGCGCCGCAGGAAGGACGACGGAGCCGCCAAGGCGGCCGCGGUCGUACCGGAGCAGCUGCAGAGGGAGGCGGUCAAGGUGGAAGCAGCUCCUGCGGCGGUCCUCUCCACCCCACUGGACUUUGGAGGGAAGAUAGGAGCAUACCUCUGGCUGCUCUUUCUGCCGUCCUGGGUCCUCUUCAUGGCGCUCCAGGUCAACCUGGAGGACCCCAGCCUGGCCAACUUCCCCCCUCCUCUGCCCCCCCUGGAAGCCUUCUGGGAUGCCCAGGCCUUCGGCUUUGUGAUCCUCUGGAUCCUGUUCCAGGUGGUGCUGUACAUUCUGCCCGUUGGAAAGCUGAGCGAGGGCAUGUCCCUGAGGUCUGGGAAGAGGCUGAAGUACAGAACCAAUGGCUUCUUUGCCAUCGCGGUGAGUGCCGUCGCCGUGGCGGCAGCAGUGCACCAGGGCGUCGACCUCACCUACAUCCACAGCCACUUCCUGCAGCUGGCCACGGCCUCCUUCCUUGUCUCCGUCCUGCUCAGUGUCUACCUGUACGUGCGCUCCCGCUACGCCGCCCCGGAGCAGCUGGCGCUGGGGGGAAACUCUGGCAAUGUGGUCUAUGACUUCUUCAAAGGGCAUGAGCUCAACCCUCGCAUCAAAGACUUUGAUCUGAAAUUCUUCUGUGAGAUGCGCCCGGGACUGAUCGGCUGGUGUCUGAUAAACUUUGCGAUGGCGCUGGCUGAGAUGAAGCAGCACGGUCUGGACGCUCCGUCCUACAGCAUGAUCCUCGUGAACCUCUUCCAGCUGCUCUACGUGGCAGACGGCCUCUGGAACGAGGAGGCCAUCCUGACCACCAUGGACCUGAUGCACGACGGGUUCGGCUUCAUGUUGGCUUUCGGCGAUCUGGUCUGGGUUCCCUUCACCUACACCAUGCAGUCGUACUACCUGGUCAGCCAUCCGAACCCCCUGAGCGUCCCGGCAGUUGCGGCCCUCGUCACACUCAAACUCGGAGGCUUCUACAUCUUCAGGAAAUCCAACUCUCAGAAGAACAACUUCAGGAGAAACCCGUCAGACCCCAAACUGUCCCACCUGAAGACCAUCCCCACAGCGACAGGGAAGAGCCUCCUGGUCUCCGGCUGGUGGGGGGUGGUCCGCCACCCCAACUACCUGGGGGACCUCAUCAUGGCUCUGGCCUGGUCCCUGCCCUGUGGCUUCAGCCACCUCCUCCCCUGGUACUACAUGAUCUACUUCAUCAUACUGCUCGUGCACCGGGACUGCCGCGACAUGAGUGAGUGCCGGAGGAAGUACGGCUCGGCGUGGGAGGAGUACUGCCGGACUGUUCGCUACCGGAUCAUUCCCCGUGUCUAUUGAGGAAGCACACGCUGGACACUCUACACACUCACAAUCAGAAGGAUCACAAAAAAAACCCAAAUAUGAAAGGAUUGACUGACUGAAUUGACAUUUAGAAUCAUUUUCUUUUUUUUAAGCUAAGAAUUAGAAAAAAAAAUCUUUCUGGACUGAAGAGGCCACAGAAAAAAAAGACUCAUUGAUAUUAUGGACUGUUUGAAGAAUAACCCUUUUUAAAUCAAAAAUCCCCCCCCCCCCCCCCCCAAACUAAAAAAUAUUAAUCUUGCAAAACAUGGGGGGGAAACUAAACGCCUCUGCUAGGAAUGUCCCGUCAGGAUGUAUAUUUUUGUAUAUACACUGUUGUUUUAAUACAUUGAGGCAAAACACACCACUUGCAUACUUUUCGGUGAGUUCUGCUCUUUGUGCCCGUAUUCAAAAUGACAGCAUCAUCUUCGCUACUAUGAAUAAUGUUGUCGUAUACCCAACUAUAAUUUUGCAGCUUGUGUAUAUUGUUAAAAAUAGGAUUUUUUCAAAAAAGCUACUUUUUUUUUUUAAAUAAUCUACAUUUGUUCCAACGACUGUUUAUAAAAUGGACGAUGCUUGUCCACUUUCUUCCGACGUUAAGAAAUGAAACAUGAACAUACAUCGGUGUGAUAACACCGGCUACCUGAAAUGACAGAAACCAUCUUUGGGGAAAAUUUUAUUUGACGUGUACUUGACUUUUUAGUUUUGGGAGAGGGGGGCUUCACUUCUGGAGUGGUCUCGCCAUCCAUCUUUAUAUACUGAACAGUCGUCAGUUGGAACUAGGACCAUGUUUGUUUUUUUCCUCAGGUCCCAGAAUUUUGUAAGAAAAGUUGAAUUAGGAGAGUUUUUGUCUUUUAUCAUUUUGUUCUGUAUAGUUUGAUCCACGAGUAGCUUUGACUUCAGUGUGUCAAAUCAUUGGUUGGCGAGGUCUCGAGAAAAAUGCACUAAUGCAUGAAGGCAUUUUCUAUUUUAUUGUAUCAGUUCCAAAGUAUUUUAAUUUGGGUUUUCGCUACCUCAGGUUCCACCUCAGCGUCCGGCUCCCCCCUCCUCUGUCCUCCGGGAGGCAGCGCGUGUGUAAUUAUGAGUGUGACGUCACUGCGGAAUAGAGGAAAAUGAGUUCGACAUAUUCUCUUUAUCCCGCGUAUAAUGUUGGCAUCCGAUGAGCAGCAUCAGCAGCAGCUAUAUGAACAUCGCAGAUGUGCCCCGCUUUCAGGAUGGAAUUCCUCACCGCUUUUAUUUUUGUAUCGGUAAUUUCCUGCGUUUUCUGUGGCAUCGUUGAAACCGCGUGUGUUUUCUGACCUGCUGCGCCCUGGAGCAGCGUGAGCUGGUUUGAUUUCCCACCACUGCCACGGGAAUUUGGCGUCACCCGUUUCAGCUCUGAGACUGUGACAACACGCAGAGCUCACGGACUGUUGACAUUUUAUAACCUGUGCAUUUGUGAACCCCAAAAAAGUAUUUUCUACGCCUGUGCAGCUGUAGAUACACAAGUAGCAAUACAUAAACUAUAUUUAGCUAGUCAUUUUUUUAAUGCUGUGCUGACUGAAUACCCUUGUAAAUAUCUAUUUUUUAAUCCUGUUAUUUUGGGUACAAGAAUUGAAAAGUAGUGUUGUUUCUCAGUAGAUAUUUAAUGUUGCUUUUUCUUAAUUUAACUAUCAAUUUUGACCACUGUAGUUAUGUUUACACAUGUUUCUGGGCAAUUCUUCCAAAUGUAUAAAAAACAAAACAAAUUGUAUAAUCUGCUACUAUCCUUUCUUGACCAGAGAAAAAGAAAAGUUAGAAACACGCGCCCACCCUGUGGACACUCCCUCUGGUUCGCUCUGUGGGUGGAGAGCAGGAUGUAUUUGUAAUAUUUGAUAAGUUCCAAACUUCCGGGAAGAUGAAUCAAAUCUGUGACAGUGACUGGGAAAAGCUCAUCUGUACAAAUGUUGCAGCAUGAAAUAAAGAUUGACAGUA